GCUCUGUGCCCUGGUUCCUGCCAGACCUGCUCCCAUAGCCACCCGGGAGCCACUGCCUCCACGGCUAACAGCUCUCCACUACCCGGCUUCUGAGAGCUGGCGGCUGUUACCAUCAGCUAUACCCAGGGGCAGGGCCUUCUCCACUUUCUUGCUUUGAUCAAGAUGUGGUAACCUCUUUCCCUGGGCCCCACAAGCCCUGUAAAAGGAGGCUGGUUCUAGUGGGACCAGCUAAGCCACCUCCUCAGUGCCAGAAGCCCGCUGGAAAGAGUUUGUCCUCUCACUUCUGGAGAAGAUGCAGACACAGGAGAUCCUGAGGAUACUGCGGCUGCCCGAGCUGGGUGACUUGGGCCAGUUUUUCCGCAGUCUCUCAGCCACCACCCUUGUGAGCAUGGGUGCAUUGGCUGCCAUCCUUGCCUACUGGUUCACUCACCGGCCAAAGGCCCUGAGACCACCAUGCAACCUCCUGAUGCAGUCAGAAGAAGUGGAGGACAGUGGCGGGGCCCGGCGAUCUGUAAUCGGAGGGAGCCCUCAAUUGCUUACCCACUACUAUGAUGAUGCCCGGACCAUGUACCAGGUGUUUCGCCGUGGGCUUAGUAUCUCAGGGAAUGGGCCCUGCCUCGGCUUCAGGAAGCCCAAGCAGCCUUACCAGUGGCUAUCCUACCAGGAGGUGGCUGAUAGGGCCGAAUUUCUGGGGUCCGGACUUCUCCAGCACAACUGUAAAGCAUGUACAGAUCAGUUUAUUGGUGUUUUUGCACAAAAUCGACCAGAGUGGAUCAUUGCAGAGCUGGCUUGCUACACGUAUUCCAUGGUGGUGGUGCCACUUUAUGACACUUUGGGCCCUGGGGCUAUCCGCUACAUCAUCAAUACAGCAGACAUCAGCACUGUGAUUGUGGAUAAACCUCAGAAAGCUAUACUUCUACUAGAGCAUGUGGAGAGGAAGGAGACUCCAGGGCUCAAGAUGAUCAUCUUGAUGGAGCCGUUUGAGGAAGCCCUGAAAGAGAGAGGGCAGAAGUGCGGGGUGGUUAUCAAGUCCAUGCAAGCUGUGGAGGACUGUGGCCAAGCGAAUCACCAUGCUCCUGUGCCCCCACAGCCUGAUGACCUCUCCAUUGUGUGUUUCACAAGUGGCACAACAGGGAACCCCAAAGGUGCGAUGCUCACCCAUGGGAACGUGGUGGCUGAUUUCUCAGGCUUUCUGAAAGUGACAGAGAAAGUGAUCUUUCCGAGACAGGACGAUGUGCUCAUCUCCUUCCUGCCUCUGGCUCACAUGUUUGAGAGAGUAAUCCAGUCUGUUGUCUACUGCCACGGAGGGCGCGUUGGCUUCUUCCAGGGAGACAUCCGCCUUCUCUCAGAUGACAUGAAGGCUCUACACCCCACCAUCUUCCCUGUGGUCCCACGACUGCUGAACCGGAUGUAUGACAAGAUCUUCAGCCAGGCAGACACUCCACUGAAGCGCUGGCUGCUGGAGUUCGCAGCAAAGCGUAAGCAGGCUGAGGUCCGGAGUGGAAUCAUCAGAAAUAACAGUAUCUGGGAUGAACUCUUCUUUAAUAAGAUUCAGGCCAGUCUUGGUGGACGUGUUCGGAUGAUUGUUACUGGAGCAGCCCCUGCAUCACCAACAGUCCUGGGAUUUCUCCGGGCAGCCCUGGGGUGCCAGGUUUAUGAAGGUUAUGGCCAAACUGAGUGUACUGCUGGAUGCACCUUCACCACACCUGGGGACUGGACUUCAGGGCAUGUGGGGGCACCUCUGCCCUGCAACCAUAUCAAGCUUGUUGAUGUGGAGGAACUGAACUAUUGGACCUGCAAAGGAGAGGGAGAGAUCUGUGUGAGAGGACCAAACGUGUUCAAAGGCUACUUAAAAGAUCAGGAGAGGACAAAGGAAGCUCUGGACAGUGACGGCUGGCUUCACACUGGGGACAUUGGGAAAUGGCUGCCGGAGGGAACUCUCAAAAUUAUUGAUCGGAAAAAGCACAUAUUUAAACUUGCUCAGGGAGAAUAUGUUGCACCUGAGAAGAUCGAGAACAUCUAUAUCCGGAGUGAACCUGUGGCGCAAAUCUAUGUCCAUGGGGACAGCUUAAAGGCCUUUUUGGUGGGCAUUGUAGUGCCUGACCCUGAAGUCAUGCCCUGCUGGGCCCAGAAGAGAGGAAUUGAAGGACAAUAUUCAGAUCUCUGCAAAAAUAAGGAGCUGAAGAAAACCAUUUUGGAAGAUAUGGUAAGGUUAGGAAAAGAAAGUGGACUCCAUUCUUUUGAACAGGUUAAAGCCAUUUACAUCCAUUCUGACAUGUUCUCAGUUCAAAAUGGCUUGCUGACACCAACAUUAAAGGCUAAGAGACCCGAGCUGAGAGAGUACUUCAAAAAACAAAUAGAAGAGCUUUACUCAACCUCCAUGUGAAGUUCAAGGAAAGUUCUUCUCAGUAUAAUGGACUGUGAAGCAAUAUUAUAGUAAUUCUUGAAAGUUAAUGAGUAAAAAUGACACAGCUGGGAAAGAAUAAGCACCUGAUUUUAUGACUGAGCCUUUUCCUGUCCCAAGAGGUCUUUAACAAUAUUUUCUCUAUCAUCACCGAGUACACUUUAUUUUUAUUAAAAUUAUAUUGUAGCAAGCUGCUAAAAAUAUCGCAAAUGCAAUGUAAAAAUUAAGACAUUUCCUCAAGAACUGUGUACCACUAAAAGUAAUAUAUUCUCAAUGUUCACAGAACUCCUAUUAAACAUAAAGGAAAAGCUACUGAUAUAUUGUACUUAAUUAUUUGUGGAAUAAUAAGAUAGAGCAAAUAUCUAGGCAAUGUCUACCUCAUUCAACAACUGAUUAUCAAAAUUACAAUUAAGUCAGACUUAAAAAUUAAAACGAUGUGUAUAGAAUCACACUAAAAGAAAACAUCAUAACUCACAUUCUACGUGAUUUCAGAUUCUUUAAACAUGACAAUCCUUACUGAGGUGGAAGUUUUAUCUCUGAUUUUUACUUUUAUUCAUGAAAAUGCAAAUUCAGAUAAUCUUGAACAUUAUAAUCAUAGAACAACUUACAAAGAUCUUUCAAUAUAUUUUCUCAUUUAUUAAUGUUAAGAUAUUCAAGGACUACCUAUAAAAAUGUAAUGUAAAACUAAUCAAAAAUAGUAUGCAUAUAUUCAUGGAUUUCUUACCAUAAUGAAUUCUAAAAUCUGUUGACUCUACAAUGAACAGACCCUUGGGGAAUACUUAAGAAGAAUCUUGGAGUUUUUUCUCAGGGUGAGGAGCAGUAAUGUACCUAAUAUUUCCUUGCUGGGGUCUUUCCCUCUUCCAUUCUCAAUAUGUGCAUGCCAGGCCUGGGAAACCAAAUAUGGAUAUGAUUCUGAACAGUUUCACUUUCUUUCAAUAAUCCUAUCAAGGUAUUAUAUGGGGAGAAGUAGAUACUAUUUCCAAAGAAAAUAAUUUCUUAAUAACAUAAUCUUGAAGAACCUCUUUAAUUUGCCCCUAGAAAACUUUAAGUCCAUCUUAAUUGUCAUGCUAGUGACAUAAUUCCAUUCUUUGAAUCUUUAAGUGCUCCUAAGUUUAACCAUAAAACUUCCUUUCUUGCAUUAUGUAUUUGGAUAUACCCUGUACCUAGGUGCCAAGAAAUUGAUGUAACCAAAGCCCUGAUUUCUGGACAGCACAUCAGUUCCAAACUAUGGAGUAUGCAUCUGAAGAAGGCACUGUUCCUAGGAAAGUGUUUUCUUCAGUAGGGAUAAGACUCUGAAAAUGUACAAACAAUUCAUAUGCAAUUUAUGUGUGUUAAUUCAAAUUAUAUGUGCUGAAAGGGCAGAAGCUCCUUCCCUCUGGAAGAAGUCCAAACUCUAAAUGAAUGCUGUCAGUUAAAAACUGCAUAAUCAAUGGGUCUACUGGAUGAAUCUACAUCAGUGCUUGUACACUUACAUUUCAGUCUUAUCAAAAGUAGACAACAGGGCUGGGGAGAUAGCUCAGCUGGUAGAGUGCUUACCUUGUAAGCACAAGGCCCUGAGUUCGAUUCCCCAGUACCGCAAAAAAAAACAAACAAACAAAAGUAGACAACAGCAUCGUUUGAUGUAUUUAUUCAGUUUUUUACAUAUACUUUUGCCAUAGUCUUCUGAAGACUUGCAAUUUGACAUUUAACAAAUGAGUUAGUUCUGUGCACAUUAUUAUUUUUUUCUCUUGUUACUGGGGAUUGAACCCAGGGGCCCUUUACCUCUUUAUUUUUUUAUUUUAGACACAGGGUCGCACUAAUUUGUUUAGGCCUUGCUCACUUGCUAGGCUGGCCUUGAACUUGUGAUCCACCUGCCUCAACCUCCGCAGUCACUGGGAUUACAGGUGUGCACCAUUGCACCCAGGUCUUGCUAAAUUGCUGGGGCUGGCCUCAAACUUGCAAUCUUCCUGCCUCGGGCUACUGAGUCACUGGGGUUAUUGGUGUGUGCCACCAUGCCUUGUAUUAAAAAUUAAUGUUAAUUUUCAAAGGCAUUUCUGACUGAACAAAUACUUAAAAUGUCCAAAUCUAUAUCUGUAUAUCACUGGCUUUUAAAAAUAUUUAAUAAAUAUUUUACCAAUUAAAGAUGAAAAUCAUUACCUGAAUUUAUAGUCAUACUAUUUUAAGGGCAAGUAGCUUCACAAUUCAAAAAAAAGCAGCUGUUUCCAUUGCCCUUCCACUCAAUCAAAAUUUCAUAGAAUUUUGAGAAUUUCAUAGAAUUUUCAGAGAAUUUUGAGUAAUGCAAUUUAAGUAUUUAAGACUUAUUUUGAUUCCAUUUACACCUUAUAGCAGUUUGAUAUGAUUAAUUACGAAAAACGUAAGAGUUCUUUUUGUCACUCAAAAGAUCCUGUGCUCUAAUAGACUUCCUGAUCUCUAGUUAAUUAUCACAGUUGGGCCAAUGAUAGGUGCAGACGUGUUGAGAAAAGUAAACAGUGGGCCUUAAAUACACUGCAUGUACUCAUCUAUUCCUCUAAUCCCACUUAAUUUUGUAAUAAUGGACAAAUGAAGCAAUAUGUACUAAUGAAAAAAUCCUUCUUGCUUCAGAUUUUUCAAUCUUAUUUUGUAGAGAAAAAGUUUGUGUUUCUCUUUAACCAAUAUAGAGAAAAAGUUAUGUACUUAAGAGUCAUACUCACUCUGACCAUAAGAUCCCGUUUAAGACUACAGGUGUAACAGAGUCAGUUGCUUAAGCAUAAAUAUGUUCUUAAAUGUUUGGCCUUUUUGACCUGUUCCUCAUUUUACAAACCAAUCCUGUUGUGUAUAUUAUUAUAUGAAAUAUGUACCAAUUUUUUUUCCUGUUGCCAUAAAAAUGGCCUUACGUAGUAUUGAGGCUUCCCCUCCAGAUGGGAGAAGAGACUGACUGGCCAGGUGUAGUACAUAGGCCUAGGUCCAUGUGUUAGGAACUCAGAAGUUUAAGGAUUAAACAUAUGCAAGUCACUCUUACAUUCUAAAUUUAGGUAAAAUUAGAAGCAUGAGAAAAAACAAGUUUCCACUGGGAUUUCUGCAAUCAGGUAAUGUUUAGCAACUUGAAGUCUUAAUUUGAUUGUAUCACCCAUCAAUCAAUAAUCUUUUAUUUUUCUGCUCUAAAAAAAGAAUUAUCUUUUCUGCUCCAAAUGUACCAAGCACAAAUGUGAUUUAGUUAUUUAAAAUAGAAAAUAUUAUAAAAAUGAAUGUGAAGAAUGGGAAAAUGUAUUUUUGCAUGAAAACAGACUACUUAGAAACUUGCUUAAUAUCUCAGGAAAAAAAAGAAUGAAAAAUCCUUUGUGAAAUUGGUAAACUGUAAGUUGGCUGUAUUUUCUUGCUAGUUUUUAUUUUAAGGACACAUUUAAAUGAAAAGAAAAAAGGAUCCUAGUAGUCUACAUUUUCUCUCAAAUAUGCUAUAUUAUCCUGUCUGUGAAUCUAUAAUUAGUUACAAUCAGAAUGGGAUUAGUAUCCAAGUGAGGAUGGGGACCAAACUCCAAAUGGAAAACUCUCCAGUGAGAACACAAUAGUUGUAACACAGAGACAAUAGGUAAAUACUUGAAAUACAAGCACUUCUGAACUUGGUUCCACAGAAAGGAUUUUCACAAAGUGACAAUGGUUUUUAAACAUUCAUUUGACUGAUUAAUUUUCCUUGUUAAAUCAUUGCAGUAAUGCAUGGGGGGUGGAAAUGGAUAUUUUUUUGAGGACUUGCUUAUUCUACUUUCAAUUUUUGAAAAUUGAGGGGAUUAAAAUAUUAAUUUUUAAAUAUGCAUAAAAGUAUCUUAACCAAUUAUAUUUUCAUUUAAUUUGUUAUAGUAGCAUGCAUACCAACUAUAAAAUGCAUUUAUGAAAACUUUUGUAAAAAAAAAUAAAGAUUUUUCAUUUCUCA